UAUACUCAUAACAAUAUUAAAAAAUUAUGGAUGAAAAUGAUUGUUCAAGUCUUGAUAUUGAAUUUAAACGAUAUUUGCAAAUAUUGCGCCCCUAUUUGAGCCAACUGAGAGAUCAAUAUGUGAUCGACGUUUGUAAUGCCUGGAUUCAAAGGCUUUCGAACUGUAACGAAAAGGAAAAAAGCCAUCGAAAUAAGUAUAUAUUUGCGUUAUGUUAUCAGUUAGCUAGAGGUGAACUGGAGGAGCCAUUUUUUAAAUAUCCUGUGAAUAAUAGCCCACUACCACAACUGCCUGAUGAAACAUACAGCGACGAUUCAUCGAGUGAAAUAGAAUAUGUUGAUAUUAAUGGAGAUAAAGAUAAUGCAAAAACUUUAUUUAAUAAUGAAAAGACUCUUAUGUCGGAUACAGAAAAUCCUUCCCAAGACAACGAUAUUAAAGAUUUAGAUAAAAACAAAGAUAAAGAUGUUGGAAAUAAAUUAGUCGAUAAAAAAUGCAAUAUACCAAUACAAAAUCAAACUAUUCUUUGUUAUAGUUGUCCAGAAAGUUUAAAGAAACAUACUUAUUUCAAUUUUCCAGAAGACGACUAUGAAUAUAGAACUCAAAAUUUAAUAAAGAAAUUAAGAGAAAUAAAAACAGAAAAUAUGCUUUUACAUAAUGAAUUAAUAGCUCUGAAAAAAGAAUCUAAAAUGAAAUCUGAUUUUAAAGAAUCAGAUGAUAAUAUAACUAGAAUAGAUAAUGCAACAAGUGCUUACUUUCAUAUUAAUGAAAGCAAUUCAACACUAAUGUCAAUUAAAUUAAAACUACAAGAAGUUCAAGAUUCUAGAAAAAAUCUUAUUCAAAGUAUAGAAAUACUACAAGAAAAAUUAGAUAACUACGAUGAUAUGAAAAAUCAUGAGAUCGAAGACAUAGAAACUAGACAUAAAUUGGAAAUAAUAGCAGUUAAAUCUGCAAUUAAAGAAGAAAUUACAGAAACGUACAAAAAGAAAUUUGAGGAAUUAAGAUAUGAAUAUGAAACUAAAAUCGAAGAUGUUGAAAAUAAAAUUAUAUCUGAAAAACUUAAUAUCUCCUUCGACAAAGACAAUAUCAUUGCUGAGAAAGAUAGUUUAAUUAGAAAAAAAGAUGCUGAAAUUAAUCAACUACAGUAUUUAACAGAAGAACAAAAGAAGCAAUUAGAAAACAUUUUAAAUAAGUGUUCAGAAAAUUCAAAAGACCUCUCUACGGAAAAUCUAAAAUUUAAAAUGGAAGAAUUAGAAAAACGAUUAAGCAAAGCAGAGAAAUCUAAAACCAAAUGCAUUAAGCUAUAUGAAGCAAAACUAGCCCAAUUACAAAAAGAGAAGCAUAUGACUGAAAGCUCAUUACAGCUCCAACUAGCCGCACAGAGAGCCCAAACUAUUAAUGAGAUUUCUGACGAAAACCAAUCUGAUUUGAUUACAGCUUUAAACAAAUUGGAAGUUAAAUAUAAAAAUAUCGUUGCUAACGUUCAAGCUACCACUAUUCAAAGGAGAUUGCAUGACCAGGCAGCGUUAGAUUCUUUAAUUAAAAAAUCAUGCGGAAUUCAAAGUGAAAAUAUGUGUGGAAAUUAUACGCCGGGAACAAACCAUACCCAAUCUUCAGGUAGACCAUCGCAAAAUCAGGGCAGAGACGAGAAUCAAAGCUACGAUAGUGAGAUAUCAUCCCUAAUGCGAGGUAAUAGAGUUGGUAAUGUUGUUGUAGGUAAUAAAUCAUUCGGGGAAGAUAGCAUAAUAGCCGGAUAUUGUCUCGAUGGGGAAAGGAUGGGUCAACUAUUCGAGAGAGUAUGCAUUCCUCAAAGGGACAUUGGAGAUGGGUCUCUGAAGAAGUAGUUAAACAAUCCGCUAACUAUUUCGAGAAUGCUUUGUAAAUAAACUUGUUAUAUUAUAACAAAGUGAAAAGUUAAAAC